AUGUUGUCGACAUACUACAAUUCUGUGACGCACCUGCGAAGGCCACUAGCACAACCUAACAUACUCAUCCAGGGUUCCAUAUCAGAGCGCAAACUAGACAUCGGCUUUGUGAAGGACACCAACGCUGGAAAGAACACCCGAUGUCAGUGGUCGCAGAUUCUGGUGCCUAGAGAGCUAAAAAGUAAUCUGGCAGCUGACACCGACUCCAAGACAUGGCUUGACUUAGGAAGGUAUGCCAGGAAAGUCCUUGGGGCCCAAGAUACCCGUCGAUUUGUCCCGGGCUUUAGUAUAUGUGGAUCCUUUAUGAGGUUAUGGGCCUUUGACCGUCUCGGGGGAGUCGUAUCCGAACGGUUUGACAUAAACGGGGAUGGGCUCCAGUCUGUGUCCACUAUUCUUGGUUUCCUAUGGAUGAGCGAGGAGGAAUGUGGAUUUGACCCUACGAUCACCACCAGAGACGAAGGCAUCCAGUAA